UAGCGCAGGCCCAUCACUACACCCGUCACCGCGACACUUCAUAAAAAGGUCGAGAACCACGUACCGGGGGUAUCACGGGUGUCCCCGUAAAUCCGUACUGCUCUCCUGCGAAAGAGAAAAGAUCCGGCUGCAAUCCGCUCGUUUGUGCGACGUUUUCCGUGCAGUGGAAGUGAUUUUCUUUCGCGUUCACUUGCGUCCCGUGUGACGAAACGAAACGAACCGUUCGGUAAACACAAUACAGACACACAGACACAUACACACAGCAGAGAGCGAGCCCCCCCCCCCCGUGUUGUGUAAAAGACCGUGUCGAUACGUGCGUGCGUGUGUGAUUACUGUUGACGUUGAUUUGUUCCUUCGGUCGUUCCCUCUCCUCUCUCACUCCCCCCCCCCCCCCCCUUCGUCUUCGAUUGCACCAGAAGUGUCCGCAAAAGGAGCGAAGUUAAGGAAAGAGUGAAGUGACCAACAAUCGCCGAAAAAGGUGCGUGCGUGUGUGUAGGUGCCGAAAUAAGGAGAGAAAAAAAAACACACACAAACGACGGAACAUGACUCAUCAAGGCUGCCUUCGCUGAUUGCGAGAGCGCUCGUUGUUGUUGCUGCUGUUGGCCCCGUUCCGUUCCGGUGCGACGGUGUUUGGGCAGAUAGGCCGCUAUCGCAAGAAGUGUUCCCGUUACACCACCCCUGCCCCUUAUCUAAACUGUCGGUUUGCCGUCUUAUCAUAUCGCAAAUCCAAACCCUAACAGCAGCAGUAGCCUCUAGGGAAGUGCGGUGUGGGACGAAGGGAGGACGGAGACGCGCGGAUACCCGAUUGCAGUGAGAGAAGGCCGUUUGGUUUUUACCUUGGUGCGUUCCAACAUUCAAAACAUACAUACAUAGCUACACGCACACACAAACACAUACAGAGGCGCGCGCGCACCGAAGUGGGAAGUCUGCGGCAUUUGCGGUGGCUGGAAAAAUUUACACAUCACACGUAACACAGCCGACGAGCGCCGCAGCCGGACGGACGGGUGCACCGUGUGCGGUGGGAUCGUUCCGGUGGCAGCAGCUGCAGCAGCAAAUACCACCAUCGAAAACCACACCGCUACCGAUACACACACACACACACAGACACAUUGACGGUGAUAUUUGGCCGUGUGCUGUGGCUGGUCAUCAUAAAGUUGUACGGCAGCGCCAGACGGCAGCCAGACGUUGGCGCCCGCGCGGAAUCGACGGGUGCGACGGUUGCGAAUCGGGGGACGGUCCCCGAUAUCUAAAUAAAUCUCGUGUUUGUGUGGUGUUACUGUGUGGUUGUGCUGCGCAAACCCCCCCCCCCCCACCCUACAGCAAGAGGACGGUUCGGUCGCAUCGGGCAGGGACAGGACAGGCGGCACACCGUACUGCAUUUUUUCGGUGGCUGUGAGAGUGUGAGCGUGCAAGCGAGCGCGAGUGAGUGAGUGAGCGAGCGAGGUGAGCGAGUGUGUUUGUCUGCUCACGUACACAACACAGCCGGAGGGAGAGGAAGGCACGUUCCAAAGGCCCUCUUCUGCCGUCGCACGUCCGUACGCCUGCAGCACGACAACCGUUCCGUUCCGUUCGGUGACAUUUCACAUUCAUACCGCUCGUUGCCUGUUGCACACGCGCCCUCCCCUCCGUUUGGUGGAAUGGCAACCGGAGGCAGUGGUGGAGUGGGCGGAGGCGCCAGCAGCAGUGCGCUCGGUGCGAUGGCAGCGGCCGUGCAGUCGGUCGCGUCCGCCGCCAGCCCGUCCGCGUCCGCGUCGUCGGCGAAUCUGGCCCCGCCGCCGCAGCCCAUCACACCGUGGCCGAACAGCCGGGACGAUUACGAGCUGAACGAUGUGAUCGGGGUCGGCGCGACCGCCGUCGUGCACAACGCGUACUGCCUGCCGCGCAAGGAAAAGUGCGCCAUCAAGCGCAUCAACCUGGAGAAGUGGAACACGUCGAUGGACGAGCUGCUGAAGGAGAUACAGGCGAUGAGCAGCUGCAACCACGAGAACGUCGUCACGUACCACACCAGCUUCGUGGUGAAGGAGGAGCUGUGGCUGAUAUUGCGGCUGCUCGAGGGGGGCAGCCUGCUCGACAUCAUCAAGCACCGGAUGCGGACGGUCAACUGCCGGCACGGCGUGUUCGACGAGCCGACGAUCGCGACCGUGCUGAAGGAGGUGCUGAAGGGGCUGGAGUACUUCCACAGCAAUGGGCAGAUCCACCGGGACAUCAAGGCGGGCAACAUACUGCUCGGCGACGACGGCACGGUACAGAUAGCGGACUUCGGCGUGAGCGCGUGGCUCGCGACCGGGGGCGACCUGUCCCGGCAGAAGGUGCGCCACACGUUCGUUGGCACGCCGUGCUGGAUGGCGCCGGAGGUGAUGGAGCAGGACCACGGGUACGACUUCAAGGCGGACAUCUGGUCGUUCGGCAUUACCGCGAUCGAGAUGGCGACCGGGACGGCGCCGUACCACAAGUACCCGCCGAUGAAGGUGCUGAUGCUGACGCUGCAGAACGAUCCGCCGACGAUCGAUACCGGGGCGGACGAGAAGGACCAGUACAAGGCGUACGGCAAGACGUUCCGCAAGCUGAUCGGCGAAUGCUUGCAGAAGGAACCGUCCAAGCGUCCGACCGCGAGCGAGCUGCUGAAGCAUCCGUUCUUCAAGAAGGCGAAGGACCGGAAGUACCUGACGCAGACGCUGCUCUCGACCGGCCCGUCGAUGGAGACGCGCGUGCACAAGGCGGCGAAGCGGCAGGCUGGCGCGUCCGGCCGGCUGCACCGCUCGAUGACGGGCGAGUGGGUGUGGUCGAGCGAGGAGGAGGACAACGGGAAGAACGAUUCGGACGACUCGGAGACGGACGAGCGGCCGAUGAACCGGCUCGAGCGGAUGGAAUCGUCCUCGUCCGAGACGGAGGACACGUCUGAGCGGUCCGGCGUCACCGUGACCGGGUCGACCACCCAGCCGACCGAUCCGAAAACGCUCGAAGCGUCGGCGGCCGCGGUAGGCGCCAUGUCGCUCGGCACGAUGGUACCGGUCAACCUGGUGCUGCGGAUGCGCAACGCGAACCGCGAGCUGAACGACAUCCAGUUCGAGUUCGUCGUCGGCAAGGACUCGGCGGAGGACAUUGCGGCCGAGCUGGUCGGGGCCGGGCUGCUGGACGAGCUGGACGUCGCGAUCAUGUCCGCCAACCUGCAGAAGCUCAUCGACCACCGGGGCACGCUGCGGACGGUCACGUUUCAGCUGCGUUCGGGCUGUGCGCCCGGCGAACAGCUCGACGAGAAGUCGCUCGUUGGCUUUGCGCAGAUUUCCAUCAAGUGAGCGGUGUGUCUAUGUUGUGUGGGGAAGACCAGCACCACAGUUGGAGCAUGUGCGCCAGGGCGCUUCUGUCGCUUCCUUUAUUUUCGUUUUUGUUUGUGUUUUGUUGUUUCGCGCUUCGAAUCAACCGUCAUCCCGGCACCACUAUGUUCUACACUAUCUUACCGAACUGUACCCGAAUUCAAUUCGCAAAACGCAUAGAUUUCGUCCCGCUUUGCCCACCGGGGAAGCAACGCAGGGAAACUCUGUUCAAAAACUUAAUGCGCGCGCGCGUCCGCCCGCGCGUGCUUGUGUUAUUUCUUUUGGCAUGUCCAAUAAGAAAUUCAGCUUUUAGACUGUGAGUGCGAGACGGCCGAGCGGAAGGGAGAGAUUGAGAGAGAGAGAGAGAGAGAGAGAGAGAGAGAGAGAGAGAGAGAGAGAGAGAAAGAGAGAGAGAGAGAGAGCAAUUGAGGGUAAACAAAACGACCACUAGUAGGUUAGUAGGCGGUAGUAAUAAUUGUAGUAAACGGUAGCAGCUGCUACAGCAGAAGCAUUAGUUUUUAGCAUCGACACCGGGGAAUGCGCCAAAACAAGAGGAGGUAGUAGUAACACGCAAAAGCCCCGGCCAAAAGCAAAAAACAGAGCGCCGUGAUAGACGAUAGCAAAUGUAUCUACAAGUUUGGCGCUUCAUUAACGCACCCGACACGUUCUUGUUUUUUCCCACUUUUGUUUCCGAGCAAGAACGUACGAACACGGCAUGGGUGAGCCAUUGGCACCGACAACGAUGGCCAGCACUGCGGUCGAUUAAGGGACACUUUGGGUCGCUCGCGUCAUCCGUUUUCCCCUUAGACUUGUUGGCAAGCAGGAACGAAACAAAAAACCGAAAACCGAAAAGGCUUACUAGAGGCGCAGAAAAAAAAAAAAAACGUGCAGGAAAAACGAAACAUGUCUCUAAAUAUACAUCUCCAGCCGCCAUCCGCGUCCCCGUCACUGCAUUAGAUGAGGAGGGAAAGUAUCAUACGCGAUUAACAUCAGAAGGCACCUUGUCCUUGAUGGGAGGGCAGGCACGAUAUCAAGAGAGAGAGAGAGAGAGAGAGAGAGAGAGAGAGAGAGAGAGAGAGAGGAACACCGCGCCCUCCCGUAUGCCUUGCUGUAGUAGUAAGGUAAACGAAUAGUAUAUACACCUGUGUAGCGCCUGUGUGUGUACAUAUAUUUAAAAGAAAAAGAAAGGUUGAAUGUAUUUACUUUGUUAAUCGUUUGCUUAUUACAUGGUCAACAUAUUUAGCCACCAGACAAACAAACACGAAAAAGAAAGAUAACGAAAAUGGGAGUGUAAAUGAGCCGUGUGCCAGUGGAAAGGAACGAAGGGUGUGGGAGUUAGUGUGGGGAAACAAAAAUAUGGUUGCAUACUAGCGUUUUAGUGGUUGUUUGGUUUUUUUUUUUAACGUGUGGAUACAAUGUUUCUUCAUAGCAGCACUUACAAACAAAACUCCGGUGGACUUUGGAAGAGUUGUAUGGUAAAAGUGUUGCUUUCCGAUUGAAUAUAAAUAAACCGAGACAUACAGACGCCCGUAGAAACUCCUUGUAGAAGUACUAUUUCAAAGAAAAUUAAAAACAACGGUCACAACAUCACCCAUCCAAACUACCGCGCGGGUGAAGCGAAAGUAUCUAAACAAAAAAUAAAGGGCGCCGAUCGCAGCAUAACCCAUGCAUGCAAUAAAAAAAGCUAUAUUAGUAAACUGCGUGUGCAAACCGGCCACACUGUAUUUCAUUUUUAGUGGAAUUGAGCUUUAAAAAAGCCGUAAUGUUAUUAUAUCCGCCAGAUCAGCACAGAAGCAAAAGGAAGUAAAAAAAAAAAAAAAAAAAAAAAAACAAUCCAAAAACCAGGCCAGUGUAUGUGUAUAACCUACCCCUGCGUAACAGUUUUGGGAUGCUUUUGGGUUGGUUUUUUUCUUCUUUUCCUGCGUGAAACACGUGUUUAGUUUUGACUGAUAAAAGCAACAAAAAAAAAAGAAAGUAUAGUUUUGAGCAGUAGCGUUUAUGAAGUUGCAAGUUACUUGAAAUGAAAGCAGCAGAUCAGCGGAUAGGCAAUGAACGAUGGAGAGAACCCCGUAUCAAAGUUAAGCAAAAUAAAGUAUAUCGCUGCACAAAAGUG